AGCGAGUCAGGAGUCGGAGUACCCCUCUUCACUAAAGAAAGUUGCUACGCAUUUCCAAGAAGGUUGCUGUGCCUUUCCAUUCCAAAAACUUUCAGUUCGUUGAUAGAUGGUUUUUUAUUGAGAAGAGGACACACAUUGACACUCAUUUCCAACACAAAUAUCGACCCAUUGAUUUCCUUGUUCCCG